UUUUUUUUUUUUCUUCCUCUCUCUUUCUCGUCUUUUAUUGUUUUUUUUUCUGAUUUCUUUUUUUUUUUUAUCUUUAUUUUUUAUCUUUAUCUUUUUGUCAUGACCAUUUCAUCUUCCAAUCAUGGUAAUCAUCAGAAUAAUGCAAGUUGGGAUUCCUAUAUGACAUCUUCCUCAUCAUCAUCAUCAUCAUCCAUGAUUGUACCUGAUGAUUUAUCUCUAUUAUCUGUCAGUGAUAUUCUUUCCAAUUAUCAACAUGACACGGAUCUUUUGAAACACGUUCUAGAAGCAAAAGCUCAAGAAGAUCGAAGAAAAACAGCAGAAGAAUUUCGUCAAGUAGAAGAAGCAAGACUAAAAUACAAGUAUGUUGAUUUUGAUAUGGAUGAAAUUCAACAAGGAUCCUAUUCAUCAUCAUCUACAACAAAUCAAAACAAUUCAAUGAUGGUGCAUGAUGGUUCAUCUUCAGUCUACAGUCAUCAAGAUACAGCAUCCACAUCUUCAUUAGGUAUUCAACCAUCACAACAUCAAUAUAUGCUGGGUGAUCAGUCAUCAACAUUUUCUGAUUCCUCUUUGGACACAAGGCAAUUAUCUCAAGGACAUCGUCAAAAUUAUCAAGAAGAAUCUUCCCAACCUCAUCUUCUGCUAUCAUCUCCUCCACUUUUGAUGAUGGAUCAAGAUAUACCAUCUACUUAUAUGAAAACAAGUGAUCCACAUCAUCAUCAUCAGAUAUCAUCAUCUUCAUCAUCAUCGUCAUGUACAAUUGAGGCCAUGGAUUUACCACUCUCAUCAGUGAUUGUCCCUUCUCAUGAAUUUGCUUUGGACGUUCCUACUACUUCUUAUUCUUUGCCUACCUCUUUGUCACCAUCUUUGAUGCCCAUCAGCCAACAUCACAUGUCUACUUCUCCUACAUUGAACUUUUUACCUACUACAGUAUCAUCCACAUCUUCAGUUAGUUCAUUAGUGGGUGACCUUUCACCAUCUACUCAUCAUCAUCAUCAUCGUUAUCGACAAGGAUCAAGAUCACCUCCUAUGGAAACAACAUCAGGAUCAACAAACAUUACAUCAUCAUCAUCACCUUCAACAAGUAACAUCAGUCACAAGACAAUUGAAAAGAAAAAAGAAACUCUAGACAAAAACGACGACAAUUAUCUACAUCAUCACUACCUGGAUUUUCUUCAAGUACACACGUUUUACGAUGGGCAGCAACAAAGAAAAAACCUCCUGUACAACCUCCUAUGGUGAAUGUCAAUCAAGAGCCACAAGUACCAUUAGAUCAUGAUUUAGUGAUGGAGGCAUUGCGAGCGAAAUUGAUGCGAAUACCAUCUAUGAAUAAUAAUGAUGACACUGCAACUACCACAACAACAACAGCGAAUUCUUCUUGUUCUUCUACUACUUCUCCAUCAUCAUCAUCAU